AUGGCGCCCAAGAAGUGUUCUCCAGCAGGAAUCGCAGCAAAAGCAGCAGGAAGAAAACCAAAGCUGUCGGUAGCGAAGGCACGACUCGAAGCCAAUGUCAAGAGACAAAAGACAAGUCAUGAUGGCAAUGACUCUGCAGCGUUACCAAAUGAUCGUAAGGGUAGUGGGGGUCCGCUGAUCAGCGAUUUCAUGAUCAUGAUCCCAAAGCAAGAGCCUCAAGAGGACUCUUUUGCUGGGGAUGUGAUUUGCAAAGAAGAAGGCCCUCCAAGUCCCGUGGGCACAGUCACGCUCGAUUCCUUUGUCAAUGGUUUCCAGUCAGAGGGGGACUGGAAAACCAAAUUGCAAGAAUCCUGGAAAUCACUAGAUGAUGGCGACCUCGCAAGCCUGAUGCAACAGGCAGUGGAAUGUCCAAUGCUGAAGGAAUACAAGAUCCUCCAAGACACCAAGCCAAACAACCCAGUCGAUGAUUUCAAGCUGUUUGUACACUGGCUAGUUCAGAAGAAGCAGCAGGCAGCAACACAUCCAGCAGCAACACUGGACAAGAUGGGCAACACCCGCAGCACAGCUUCGCUGGAAACAGCAAACAAGCACAAAGCAACAUCAAUAUCAGCAGCAUCAGCAAAAACAGAUUUUGAGUUUGUUGAAGUGUUCUUGGAGGAUGAGGCAAAAUGUGUGGCAGCUGUGAAACAACACCACCUGUUUCCAGCAUACUUGAAAUUUUGUCAGAAACACAAACCGUUCAUUCACUUCGAUUGGACACACCCCGGAGAUGGAAAGCAAGUGGAUACUGUGAGAAACAUCAGACACUUCAACAGCUACCUCAAAAACGCAGAGGCACCGCUGCUUGAUAUCAGCAAACUCCUUCGGCAAUAUGAGGCCGCCAUGUUUGACUAUGACUCAACUGACGACUAUGUUUUUCCGGAUCUUCUUCUACGUGUACGCAGCCAUCCCAUGUUCAACGAGUUCAUUGAGGAUGUCUACACCAACAUUGAAGAGCCAAGAUACAUCCAGUCAGGAUGGACAUUCGGAAGCUGGCCACACAAUGAUUUCAAGAAGUUCAACACCUUCCUGAUACAGAAGGGCCAACCGCCAAUUGAUCUGGCUGAGGCAUGGCCGGCCAUUCUAGCCGGCUGGCACUAUGGGCUGAGUACUGCAGAACUUGAUUUGCUUUCUGAGGAGGAUUUUAUCAGUGCGCUCAGUGCAGCCCAAGGGCAUCCGUUGUUCAGGGAGUUUUGGUCUUCCCAGUUACUGGAGAAACCUCACCAGCCACGUUUUGCAUCAAGCAGUGCUCAUCAGGUUUCCAACCUUGAGAGCUUCGUGAUUUACCUCCGGGACACAGUCAAGGCCUACAUGAAGGCAGGAGUAGCUGGUGAAGAACACUUCAACAAGUAUUUUGGAAAGAUGGCGCCAGAGGAGACAGCAGGUGAGGGCAAACAGGAACAAGUGGAAGUAGAAGAAUCAAAACAGGCGGCUAUGGAAUGGUGGUCCAAUUGCGACCCGGAGUUCAUUGCAAACUCGUUGAUGAAUGAUGAGAAUUGCCCCUACUGCUUGGAAGAUGAGAUAUCCAGAUAUUUUCACUUUCUGAAAGCAGAAGAGUUUGUGGAUGAUGAUUACAGCUACGGAGAUCCAGAAGGCGACCCGGUAGAGGACCUGGUGCACUUUCUUCGCUGGUUCCAGAAAUCCCCACAUUCCAAGAUCAAUACUGAGACAGUGACAAAGAGGCUUGAUCAGAAAGAAGCGGCAUGUAUGGGCGUUGGUGCUGAUGAUGGCCAGGUUGAUGAGAUUUCUGAACCUGGUGAUGUUUAUGAUGCUCGCAUUCCAGUAGCAGAGGCUGAAGAAUUGGUCCGGAGGGCCGUCGACGCUUAUCCAGAUCCAGAAGACGUGAUGGGAUCAGCUGCUGAGGUGUUUGAGGAUGCGAUGCGCUGUGCAGUGCAAGGUCUCAAGCCGGCCUUCAAUCUCGACAUGACAGAAACAGUGGCCAGCGUAAGCACCUUCAACGGGUGCUUGGAGUCGAUCGAGAGGGAAACCGAUGACUCCUCGGAGUCCAACCUGAAGCUUUGUAUCGAUGAGAUUGAGAAGCGCGGAUACGCUGUGGAGUGUAUUUUGCUAGAUGCAGAGUGGUUCGGGUUGCCCCAGAGCCGCCGGCGUGUCUACUUUGUUUGCUUGGAUUUGCGAAACCAAGACAUCGCUGUGAGUGCGGCAAGCUUCUUUGAAGAUGUGAAAACGCUGAUUCGCCAGAUGUACUUGGAAGAGAACUUUCUGUUGCCAGAUGAUGACCCAGCCUUAGCAGAACACUUUGAGUUUCUCUCCGACAGAGACGACGUAGCGGACUCUGACGGUGGAUGGACAUCUUUGCAUAUGUCGGUUGCAGAGAAAAGAGGCAUCCCAUGGCCGCUCCAAAUUCCAAAGGCAGUGCAAGCAUCCAAAUGGUUCCCGCUCUUGACGAAGAGGGCUCGGGAGGUGGUGGGAUUUGCUGCCGAUGACAAGUACAGAAUGAAGAAGAAGGUGUCCGUUGCGGAUGUGUACCACUCCGCAAACCGUUACUCAACAGGAACCCGUUCAUUGCCGGUGAUCCUUCCAAGGAGCAUAGCCUGGUCCUUUGCAAAGCAAAGGCCACUCUUGGGAAGGGAGCUGUUGAGAUGCCAGGGACAUUCAUAUGAUCAUGACUUUCUGUCCAGCUUCACGGAAUCCCAGCUUGGGAAUUUGGCUGGCAACGCGUUUGCGGGAAACGUGAUUGUUGCAGUGGUGCUGGCGGUGAUGUGCAGCCUGCGAUACAGCAGCGAGUCAGAGAUGUCUGAAGCAGAGGAUAUUAGAAAAAUGGUCCAGUCUCUCACAGAGGACCUUCCUUCACGGCCCUAA